AUGAAAGUAGGAGGCUAGGAGGUAGCAAGAGUUGAGACGCCACCUUUGGUUGGCCCUUGCUGAGUCCCUUAAGCUUGCCAAUAACAAACCACACUCCACAUUCCACAACGCACACACAAUUCGCCUAAUUGGUCCAUUGGACACCAUAUUUAGUCACUCAAGUUGCGCAAAAUUUCAUUUUUAUAAGUUUUCAGAGCAAGAUCUGCACUAUACCGCCAACCUAAAACUGUCCCUUGCAACUGCCCAAAGGCUCACUCACUUCCCUUGUUAAAGUCUCUCUCUUUCGUUUCUGGGUUCGAUCAUCUCUUUCUCUCUCUCUCUCUCCUCUUUUCUGAGUUCUAUCAUGGCUCAUUCUGCCAUCGCCAAGGUUUCUGUUGCUAUCCCAGUUACAAAUGAUUCAUCUGUGAAAGGAUCUGUGUUUAAGACAUACAGUGUAAGCUUUGGCAAUAAAUCAUGGGAUCCUGUCUAUACAUUGAACUUGAAAGCAAAGAACUUAAGACUGAGAAAACAUUCUGUAUCAUGCAUGUCCGUGCAAGAAGCUAUCACACCUAAAGUUGCGGUUUCACCUUUAGAGCUCGAAGAUACGAAAGAGCCUCCUCUGCAUCUAUUCAAGAACAAGGAGCCUUACACAGGAACCAUUGUUUCUGUUGAGAGACUUGUAGGUCCUAAGGCUCCAGGGGAAACAUGCCAUAUUGUGAUUGAUCAUGGAGGCAAUGUACCCUACUGGGAAGGGCAGAGUUAUGGUAUUAUUCCUCCGGGUGAGAACCCCAAGAAACCAGGGAAUCCUCACAAUGUACGUCUCUAUUCCAUUGCUUCGACGAGGUAUGGAGACAAUUUUGAUGGAAAGACUGGUACUUUAUGUGUUCGUCGAGCUCUCUAUUAUGAUCCUGAGACAGGAAAAGAGGACCCUGAGAAGAUGGGUGUGUGCAGCAAUUUUCUCUGCAAUGCCAAGCCUGGAGACAAGGUCCAGAUAACUGGUCCUUCAGGCAAGGUUAUGCUUUUACCUGAGGAUCCAAACGCCACCCACAUUAUGAUUGCUACAGGAACUGGUGUGGCUCCUUACAGAGGCUACCUUCGCCGCAUGUUCAUGGAGGAUGUCCCCACCUACAAAUUCAAAGGCCUCGCUUGGCUUUUCCUCGGGGUAGCCAAUACCGAUAGUCUUCUAUAUGAUGAUGAAUUCACCAAAUAUCUAAAAGAGUACCCUGAUAACUUCCGGUAUGACACGGCUCUUAGCCGAGAACAGCAGAACAAGAAGGGUGGAAAGAUGUAUGUUCAGGAUAAGAUUGAAGAAUACAGCGAUGAAAUCUUCAAGAUGCUCGACAAUGGAGCUCAUAUUUACUUCUGUGGGCUCAAAGGGAUGAUGCCUGGAAUCCAGGAUACCCUAAAGAGAGUCGCGGAAGAGAGGGGAGAGAAGUGGGAUGAAAAACUUUCUCAGCUGAAGAAGAACAAGCAAUGGCAUGUAGAGGUAUAUUGAUAUAUCAUGUGUACCAUUUUAUUUUUUUUGGAUGCUUCAAUGUAGAAAGAAGAUUGGUUCAGUUGUAGUAGCUUUUGGUCUUAUUUGGCAUUUAGCUUGAAUGGCUUAGUUUUAAAGAAGUGGGGACUUUAAUCCCCUUUUAUGAAUCUUAAUAAAAUUCUUGAUUUGGUUACCAA